CCAUCACAAACCAACGCCCCUUGUAUACCUAAUUGGAGUGUUUGAAAAUUUAUUGAAAUUAUAAGUAAAAUAUUACUUUAAAUUGAUCAAAUACUAAAGCAGUUGAUCUUAGAUAAGGAAAUAAAGGGUAGUUAGAAGCCAGGAAGAUUAAUGCAAUACCAAACCAAACUACCAAACCAACCCGUUCUCUUUAGUAAACACUCAAACCCCGGUACCCUACCCAAAACAAGCAACUUUGAUCCGCUGAACGGAGUCGAAUCGGUCUGUGCAUUGAGGAAACAAAGAUAAAGAAACGACCUCUAAUCCAUCAGCUUGCCAUCGUAGCCCCAGCCAUACAUACUCAACGCCAACUAUUCUACCUAACCUAAGGAGGCGAAGGGAAAGGAAAAAGGAACAGCCUUCAGUGUCCCUUCAUCUAGCCGGCGUGGUGCAUCGUGUUGAUCGAGCUGCUGCUGUAUUUCUUCCCACCUUUUCUGUCGCUAACAGACUGCUCAUCGUCUGAAACGGCAACGAUAUAUCCUGCCCGUCCGAGUGGGGAGACCGGCCAACUCUGAAUCCGACCCAGCAAUAGACGUUCACGUCGUGAUAUGGCGUUACCGAUUCAGUAAAAUCAUGGCCUAGUUGCCUUUAAUACUUUUUAAAACAGAGUGAUAUCGUGUUGACUGCAAAACCAGUGUAUUUUACCGUUAAGGAAGUUAUAUUUUAGAAGAUAUUCCAAAUGGCAGAAGCCAUGAAUUACCAAUCUUGUUGCAGGCUGUGCCUGUCUGAGAGGAUGGACAGUUUGCAGUCGAUUUUCGGUGAAACGCCAAACGAUCCAGACCUAACGAAGAAAAUUUUGCAACAUUUAAAUAUCGAGAUCACCUCUUCAGACAAAAUGUCGACCAUGGUUUGCGAAGAAUGCAUAGAAAAAGUAUCGUCAUGGAAUUCAUACAAGGAACAAUGCGUCCAAAAUCAGAAAAAAUUCGAAGACGUCUUAGAGCCUCAACAGAAGCCUGCCACGCCUCCUCCUUCGUUUGCCCCAGAACCAAUUUCUGAAUCUGCGCCUUUUGCACAUCUUAACGUCCAUAUAAAAGAAGAACCGAUAACUGAGCUGGAUAAUCCAGACGAAACGCCUCCAGAAUUUGUAGAACCGGAACCGGAAAGGGAAGAUCCGCUUCCUCCAGAAAACGUGCUAGACCAAUCGGAUAUGGCACAAAUAUAUGUUAAGAGCGAACCGUUAGAUAUUGAUCAGCUCGACCAGCUAGACCAGGUUGACGAGAUGGACGAAUCCAUGGAGCACGAAUAUAACGAAUUUCCACCUACGUUAUCGCCGCAACAGAUGAAUAACGGAGAUAUGCCGGAAGUAAUUCGUGAAGAAGCUGAAUUUCAUAGAAAAUGUAGUGUUUGUGGCAAAGUUUUUAGUAGUGCAGGAAACAAGAAAAAGCAUGAAAGAGUUCAGCAUGGACUUCAUCCUGUGCUUUCUGUUACUCCGAAAGAAAAUGGCCUUACUAACGGAGAACUUCAAGCUUCAGACGUCGUCAAAGAAUCGCAAAGAAAAAUCUUAUACGGCAUGGGAUUAAAAUUGGUUAAAAGCAGUGCAGAAACAGUUACGAAUUCGUCACUCUCCAAAAUAGAACUGAGUUAUAUAGAAAAGUGCAAAGCUAUGGUCAGCAUGCACAAAACCUUGGUCUGUGCUUGUCACAACGUGCCCCAUCAGAAUUUGAAGGGUUUAUUGUCCCAUUUAAGAGCGCUGCGAAUAUGGUUUCCGGUUUUUACUUGCUAUAAUUGUAUGAUAACGUUCACCGAUCGUUCAACGUUUACCAGACAUAUUUCGAGGUGUUCCAGUCAAGCUUUAAACUCCAUAACGAAGCUCAGCAACUUGACCCAGCGUACUGAGGUGAAAACGCGGCUGUAUCAGAACUUCAAAUGUACCAUUUGUAAAUUUAUGUUUAGUUUCCAUGAAGAUUUUUGCACGCACGUCGAUCUGGAUCAUUCCAUGUUGCAGUUCCCUAUUCAUUGUCCUUGCGGAAGGGUUUUCGAGGAUAUAGAUGAUUAUAAGGAUCACGUGUACGUCAGUUGUUUGGUUGAAUACUAUUGCGAUAUAUGUUUCAUAACUACGAAGACUUUAAGUGAUUUCCAAAAGCAUGCUACUGAGGUUCACGACGAAUCUGAAGGAUUUAUCCUUCUACAAGACGAUAAUUACAAAGUUAGAAAACCAGCUAUGCACAGCAGUCCUGGAACGUCAGGCGUUGACGAAUCCUUUAUAUUGACCGGUAAAAGAGAACGAAAGACUUCGGUUAAAAAUCCUUUCAUGGACGAUGAUGGAUUAGAUGAACUAGUCCCAUCCGCUGUUGUUAAACCGACUUUCUACACUCCGAAGACUAAUAACCGCGUUUGCCCGGUUUGUCACAAAGAAUAUUCUUCUUACAAAAAUAUGAUGCGCCAUUACAAGACCCAUAAAAACGAGGAUCAAUUGCAGCACGAACCACCGCAAGAAGGGGACAUGGACGAGGAGGAAGCCUUUUAUUCCUGUCCGGAUUGCGGAGGGAUGUUCAACACUUUGGAAUGGAAAAUCCAUCUGACCGAAAAGCACCAGAACAAACCUUGCGGAGAAUGCGGAAAAUUUUUCCAAUUCCAAACAGAGUUAGACCAUCACCGAAGCGUACAUUUGAAUAUCAAGGUUUAUAGAGACUCGAAGACUCAAUCCUAUAAAAGCACGAUGGUCAGUCCUAGUUCGGACGGGGAGGUGAUGCUUUUGUGUGAAAUUUGUGACGUGAUGUUCCCCACCAAAGAGGAUUUGAAAAACCAUAAGCUGACGCACGACGAAACCCUAGGCAUGGGAAUGGAUAUGGACAUGGAUUUGGAGGGUGAUGGUGGCAGCAAUGAUGUCGAUGUGGUAACUCCGGAUGUUAGGAAAUAUAAAUGCGAGUUGUGCACCGAAGAAUUUAACAGUUAUUCGGGUUUAUGGGAGCAUAACAGAGUGAAGCACCCAGAAAGGAAGACUCCGAAUGCUAAUACUUAUCCCAAAGAAUGCAAAGAAUGCGGUAAAGUGUGCACUACCGGCGCUGCUUACUACAGACAUAGACAGAUCCAUGACAAACCAGCUCCUGGAGAUGCUACCGAAAGCAAAGGAUCGCUUCUUAGAGUAAGAAAAGUCGAACCAGCCGAAGAAGAAUCUUAUCAUACUUGUAAGCGUUGUUUCAAAGUAUUUUCAAAUAAAUACAACUUGAAGAACCACUUGAAGUGCCACGGCAUCAACAUCAAUCCGGCUAGCAAGAGGGUAUUAAGAAAAGUCGUUUGUAAAAUAUGUCAGCAAGUGUUCGAAAAUAAUGACGAUUUAAUUCAACACAAACAAGAGUAUCACACCCAGGAGGAAAUUGAUGAAUGUGAAGAAAAAAUGUCAGCGGGUCCCAUGAUGUUCACUUGCGACAUCUGUGUAAUGACUUUCAGCAGCAAGAUCGCAUUGAAAAAACACAAAGAAAAACACAAUCAAGAAACGAAAAAGGGAGCUCAACCGAUUUUCUGCAAAUAUUGCAAAGUUCCGUUUGAAUCGACUGCUCAAUUAUCGCAGCACAUGUUACUGGAACACGAUGAAAGACUUAGAAAGAGACCCAUUAAAGAGGUGCAACCUGAACUUCAGCACACUUGUAAUAUCUGUCAAAAGUCGUUCCAAACUAACGGCGCUUUGACCACCCACGUGGGUUGGCACAAACGCGCCCAAAAUGAAGGAAACACUAAGGUCAUGAAGAAUUCAGUACCACUACCGCCUAAAGUGGUCGUCAAGGAAGAACCGAUGGAUCCUAGAUACCAGUGCGCUACCUGCCUGGCCGAAUUACCCAACGAUACGGCUCUGCAGGUGCAUAUUUUAGAAAAGCAUAGAAGCGUAAGCGCUAUUAUGCUGAUACCACGCUGCAACACUUGUAACAAAGAUUUUGCCACACAGGACGAGUACGAGACCCACAAGCGUUUGCACGAUUUCCUCGAACGCCAAAAGCUGCACGAACAGAAGAUGUUGCAACAGCAGGACAUCAAGCCGGUAGUACAAACUCCGCCCGGGCCGAAACCUAAGAGUUAUCCGUGCAAACAUUGCAACGCUGCGUUCAGCAGGUCUGACACGUUGGGUGCCCAUAUGAGACAGUUCCAUAAGGAGCAUAUUGUGACUGAAUUCAGGUGUCAUCAUUGCGAUAGAGUGUUUGAGAAACAGAACUCGUUGACGAUACAUUUGAAGGUGCACGAGAAGCAGCGAAUUGCGCAGGCACCCGUCAGCAAACCGCUGUUUUCUUGUUCGAUUUGUAAUAUGGGUUUCGAUUUACCAAAGGAUUUGAGAGCUCAUACUAUUAGCGCUCAUCCAUUCUGACCAGAAUAGGUUUAAGAAUAUUUUUCUCUACUUUUUUGUAACCUUGUAUUUUCAUUAUUUCUUAUAUAUUUUUUCCUGUUUAGGUGUAUCACUAUUUGUUAUUUUUUAUGCCUACGUUUAUAUAUUUAAUGACUGGAUACUUUUAUAUUUUUCUUUUUUUAAUAAAUUAUGUUUAUUCCACAA